CAUACUUACUGUGACGCCGUCUUCGAUUUUUACACACAUUUACAAAUGUCUGCGUCCUUAAGAGGCAAUACUGGGCGCCCGUCGGUGUUGUCUGUAGGUGAAAGAAGUUACUUCUGUACGAGGUUUAAGUGUCAGAACUUUCAUCCGGCGAUUGUCGUGCAUGUGUUCAAAUUUAUAUUUUCGAAACGGGCAAGUGUGUUUCUGAGUUGUAUAUUUGCAUGGCCGUUGGUUUUUUUUAUUAAAUUUUCUGUUUAUGAGUACAUGUACUGCUCGACGUCGGAGCGCACUGCGAAGUUUCCCGUGCAUUGUUCAAUUUUCAAAUUGGAUUAUGAAUCGGAACGAUGAGAGCUUCCAAGAAGUCCGUUUUCCGCCUCGCGGAACAUGGUCUUCUAGGAACCACUCACCUUUGCCCGUUGAAAUGCCACUAUUAAUACCCACGCCGUCCAUUCUUCAUGCCAUGCUGAUGAAAUUCCCAGGUUUUCCGGUUGAUUUCGUUUCAACAUUCUUGACAGAAUCUGUGAGGAGCUGUCCGUUUGAACCUUGAAGUCGGCGCUCGAAGAAGAAUUAUUUAAAUAAUGGCUAGCAAAAUGGAAAUGAGCCUGGAGGAUAUUAUUGCUCAAAGCAAGAAAAGUGGGGGUAUGCCCCGUGGGCGAGGUCGAGGGGCAGGACGAGACGCCGGUGGUAGGCGUGGAGCAACUGGCGGACCGUUCCGUCGCAGAGGUGCUGGUUCGCGAACUGGCGCUCCAUAUGCUCGGGGAAAUGUGGAAUCCAGGUGGGAACAUGACUUAUUUGAUGGAGGCAAUCGUGCGAAGCUCACUCAGCGUAAUUCAGACCUUGGAGCUUCUGGGAAACUUCUGGUUUCAAAUUUGGACUUCGGAGUGAGCGACAAAGACAUGAAGGAAUUAUUCGCGGAGUUCGGUCCAUUGGAGAAAGCGCAAGUUCAUUACGACAGAUCUGGUCGAUCAUUGGGAACUGCGGAUAUAGUGUUUGUUCGACGGAACGACGCCGUACGAGCCAUGAGGCAGUACAAUGGUGUUCCCUUGGACGGCAGGGCAAUGGACAUUCAACUGACUGCAUCUGCUGACGAAGUUGUGACAGCUAAGUCGAGGAUUGGACCUAUUCGGGGCCGAGGGUUAGGUCGCGCCGUUGGCGGCCGCGGCAGAGGCGGUGCCGUUCGCGGGCGACGUGGUGCGCCUAGAGGAGGUGGAGGUGGAGGACGUGGCGGUCGAAAGGAACAACUGAGCGUCGACGAAUUGAACAAGCAAUUGGAUGAAUACUUGAGCCAGAAAUGAUCCAUUCCUGUCGUGUCCUAAAAUUCUAAACCUUCCCUGCCUCAGAAUAGCACGCGAAUUUCUGGGUGACUUGUGAAUUUCCCCACGCUCUUUUUGGUUUUGAAAUUUUCGAUGUAGCGCCCGAUCUCAUGCCAUGUUUUCGCCGCUUCGGUGUACCUUUUCGGACGAAAUUGCUCUUCAGACGCUGGUGUGAUCUAGUGUGGGCGGCGUGUGUAGCGUACUAUAAACCUUGUUGGAUUGACAAAUUUUUUUCUCUGUCCGUUUUAUAAUGAAUUUGUUGAGCAUAAAAGCGCCGCUUGUGUGUCGAGAGCUUUUGGGA